CUCAUCUUAUCACUCGUAUGUACAUAUUUUAUCUUUUUAAAAAAUGCAUUGACCAUUCCAGACUUCUUGUCGACUGCCGACUUGCCGAGAACUAUUUAAGAGAGAGGGGAACACCGGCUUCGCACUUCCUCUAUGAAGUCUUCUAGAAAGCUUGCUGUAGUAUUCAACUAUUCAUUCAAAUGUACCACGCUCUGCUGACUGUAUUAGUAAAUAACUUGACAACCUGACAGUAUAACAGCAGGCGCUAUACAGCAUAACUUACCGUAUUUUAGCACAUCUUGGACACCUCAUUAUGGACGGUCUAUACCAUGCAGCACUCUUGUUGCCAGCACUCACAGUCAUCAUAUUGGCUGUCUGCUUGUACCAGUAUAAACGCUUGAAACAACGAUGCAAAGCCAAACGACAGGAGAGACAACGACGAAAUCCGGGCCUCGUUAUGGUCGGGUUGUUCCAUCCGUAUUGCAAUGCAGGGGGUGGGGGUGAGCGUGUACUGUGGUGUGCUGUACGUGCGAUACAGCGACAGUAUACGCACGCUUCGAUUGUGGUAUAUACGGGGGAUACUGACUCGAACGGUGUAGAUAUACUACGUAAGGCAAAAAAAGCCUUUGGAGUUUCACCUCUACGGCCCGUCGAGUUUGUGUUUUUAGAGAAGCGGCAUUGGGUCGAGGCCAAGCGAUAUCCGGUUUUUACACUUUUAGGGCAGAGCAUCGGGUCGAUUAUUUUGGGUUGGGAGGCGAUGCAGAAGUGUGUGCCUGAUAUCUACAUUGACACGAUGGGCUAUGCGUUCACGUACCCACUCUUCAGGCUUCUGUGUGAUUGCAAAGUGGGCGCGUAUGUUCACUAUCCCACAAUCAGCACAGACAUGCUGACGAAGGUUCAAAAUAGGGAGGCCGCUCACAAUAACCGAGGCACGGUAUCUCGCAGCGCUGUUUUGAGCAAGGGGAAAGAGACUUACUACAAGGCAUUCGUGUAUCUGUACAGGCUCGUGGGGGGCUUGGCAAACGUAGUCAUGGUCAACUCCACUUGGACCUUUGAUAACAUAGACACCAUAUGGAACACCAGGGAGGGUGUUACAUCCAUUGUGUAUCCACCGUGUGAUACUGUGGGGUUUGAAGCACUGCCCCUCACGGAGAGGCGUGUGCCCAAUAAGAUUAUCUCUGUUGCACAGUUUCGACCGGAAAAGGACCAUGAACUGCAGAUUAGGGCGCUCGAUCAAUAUUUGAGGGAGAAUCCAUUGGCGAAGGAAAACGAUACCAAGCUAUAUAUGAUCGGUGGAUGCCGCAACGAAGAUGAUGAGAAUCGAGUGCGGAAUCUCAAACUACUUGCCGACAGCCUCAGUAUUUCGCAAUAUAUAUCCUUCAAGACAAAUGUGACAUACUCCGAAUUGAAGGAUCAUCUGGCCACCGCUCAGGUGGGUAUGCACACCAUGUGGAAUGAGCACUUUGGCAUUGGGGUAGUGGAAUACCUGGCUGCCGGCGUCAUUGCCCUCGCACACGAUACUGCUGGGCCAAAAUUUGACAUUGUCCUUGAAGAAUUCCAAGGUAAAGGACCGUGUGGCUAUCGCGCGUCCACACAAGGGCAAUACGCGCAACAGCUGAAACAUAUUCUCUUGGACAUGGGUGACGCUGAGCGACAGGUUGUACAGACAGUGGCAAGGGCAAGUGUGUCGCACAGGUUCAGUGAGGACAUGUUUGAUAAAAAAUUCUUGGAAAGAUUACGUGAGAUAUUGUAGUGCUAACUUAUAUUAAAUAAAAGUUGACCAUGAA